AUGGAUGUGUCAAAUGAGACGACGGAGAUAUCUGAUCUCCGGCGACCGUUGGUAGAUCAGAAACCUCUUUCGCACGUCGGACUUGAGAGCGUGUUAACCGAUACUAGCCUUCCAUACCGGAGGCGUGUGUACUUAGGCGCAUGUAUAGAAUUGAACCUACUUUUCCGGUUAGCAUUUCCGGCGAUACUUGUGUAUUUAGUCAAGAGUGGAAUGAAUAUUUCUGCUCGAAUUUUCGCCGGACAUGUCGGCGGUCAAGAACUAGCCGCCGCAGCCGUCGGAAACAGCUGCUUCAGUCUCGUCUAUGGCCUCAUGUUAGGUAUGGGUAGUGCAGUGGAAACAUUAUGUGGACAAGCAUAUGGAGCCCACCGAUACGAAAUGCUUGGGAUAUACCUCCAAAGAGCAACGAUCGUCCUCGCUCUAGUUGGUUUGCCCAUGACAUUACUAUACGCCUUCUCGUACCCGAUUCUACUUUUACUAGGGGAGCCCAAAACGGUGUCGUACAUGGCAUCUUUGUAUAUCGUCGGACUCAUUCCUCAAAUCUUCGCUUACGCUAUUAACUUUACGGCCCAAAAGUUUCUUCAGGCCCAAAGCGUUGUGAUCCCAAGCGCGUAUAUCUCAGGAACCGUUUUUCUUUUACAGAUUUUGCUGACGUGGACUGCUGUUUACGUAAUGGGCUUGGGCCUUAUGGGUAUUGCUUAUGUUUUAACCAUCUCGUGGUGGGUUAUUGUUGGGGCUCAAUGUUUGUAUAUUACAUGGAGUCCGAGGUUUAGACACACGUGGACUGGUUUUGAUUGGAGAGCGUUCCGAGGUCUUUGGAGCUUCUUUAAUCUAUCAGUUGGAUCUGGUGUUAUGAUCUGUUUGGAAAUGUGGUAUUCGCAGAUUUUGGUUCUUCUUGCUGGUUUACUCAAACAACCUGCUCUCUCUCUAAAUUCUCUCUCCAUCUGUAUGUCAAUUUCAGCAUUAUCCUUCAUGGUCUCUGUCGGCUUUAAUGCAGCUGUAAGUGUACGGACAAGUAAUGAGCUCGGAGCAAGAAAUCCCAAAUCGGCGUCGUUCUCUGCAUGGACGGCCACUUUUGUUUCUUUCUUAAUCUCCAUCGCGGAGGCAAUCGCCGUGAUGAUGUCACGUGAUUACAUCAGCUACAUUUUUACGGCGGACCCUGCUGUGGCAAUUGCCGUCUCUGACCUUUGUCCUUUACUCGCUGUCACCACCAUUCUCAACGGAAUCCAACCAGUCUUGUCCGGAGUGGCAGUAGGAUGUGGAUGGCAGGCAUACGUUGCAUAUGUGAAUGUGUGUUGUUACUAUUUUGUUGGGAUUCCUCUUGGCUGUGUUUUAGGUUUCACUUUCAAUUAUCAAGCCAAGGGGAUAUGGACCGGGAUGAUUGGAGGUACUCUCAUUCAAACACUCAUCUUACUUUACGUUACGUAUCGAACAGAUUGGAAUAAAGAGGUACAAAAUGCGAGAAAGCGAUUGGAUAUGUGGGACGAGAGGAAGGAGCCUCCUGAAAAUUAG